GUCGCCAUCGCUCGCUGAUUGAUUGCAGUAGUAGCUCCAUUGCUCGCAUCUUGUUCCACCUCUUAUCUCGCUCUCCCCUCGCCCACCACCCACCAGCCGCCUCCACUGCCACUGAGUACUGAUGAAGCUUCAACCAUCGCCCGAUAUGCCGUGUACAGCUCCGUCCAUCGCAUGAAUCAGCUUCACAACCCGGUUCAGUCUUGCUGUCGUCCGCUGCAGAUCGAGCUGCUCCCUCGACUCCGCUGCAGAUCCCGUAGUUUCCAUCAGAAUUGAUCACACUGGUCCUUCAUUCGGCAUGUAAGCGCCGUCCUGCUCCAUAGGCCACAUACUACAAUUCUCUAGAAGCUCAAAUGGCCGAGGCUGUACUUAUUGCUGUGACGAAGAUUGGUUCCAUUUUAGGAGAUGAAGUCAUCAAGGCCAUCAUAUCCGAGCUCUCUGUAAAAGUUACUAAUCUGAAAGAACUGCCGGUAAAGAUUGAGCAAAUAAGGCAGCAACUGAAUAUGAUGAGUAAUGUAAUAAUGCAGAUAGACACUGUAUACCUGAUGGACAAAGGGGUCAAGGAUUGGAUUGGGGAAGUCCGCAACGUGGCCUACCAUGUUGAAGAUGUAAUGGAUAAAUACUCAUACCAUGUACUUAAACAUAAGGAACAAAGUCGCCUGAAGAAAUUGUUGAAAGGAAAAGAUUAUGCAGUUUUCAGUCAAAUUGCGGAUGAGGUAGUUGCUGUAGAGGAGGAGAUUGAGCAAGUUGUAAAGUUGAAAGAACGUUGGUUGCAGCCCUUCCAGCUUGUCGCUGACCCACUUACUGAGAUUGAAAGACGGCGGUCCCAGGACAGCUUCCCUGAAUUUGUGAAAGAUCAAGAUCUAGUAGGAAUUGAAGAAAACAGGAUGUUGCUGACCGGAUGGCUGCACUCUGAAGAGACGGAGAACAAUGUGAUAACAGUAUCAGGCAUGGGCGGGUUGGGAAAAUCUACCUUGGUUUCAAAUGUUUAUGAACGUGAAAAGAUCAAGUUCACUGCACAUGCAUGGAUCGUUGUGUCACAAAUUUACACUGUUGAUGCUCUGUUGAGGAAGAUACUAUGGAAGAUUGGAUACACUGAAAAACCAUUGUCAGCAGGCAUGGACAAAAUGGACAUAUAUGACUUGAAAAAGGAAAUAGAGAAGAUGCUUGAAAAUAGAACAUAUCUGAUUGUACUUGAUGAUGUCUGGGAGCAGGAGGUAUACUUCAAAAUAUGUGAUGCUUUCCAGAAUCUCCAAGGAAGCCGCAUAAUCAUUACGACACGGAAGGACCAUGUUGCAGGAAUUUCUUCUCCCACCCGUCACCUCGAGCUCCUGCCAUUGAGCAAUCCUGAUGCAUUUAAGCUCUUCUGUAGAAGGGCUUUUCACAACAGGAAGGACCACACAUGCCCCAAGGAUCUUGAGACAAUUGCUGCUUCUAUUGUUGAAAAGUGCCAUGGCUUGCCUCUAGCAAUUGUUACCAUUGGGAGCAUGUUGUCUUCAAGACAAAAUUUAGAUGUUUAUAAGCAGAAGUACAAUCAGCUUGGACACGAGUUGUCAAACAAUGAUCAUGUCCGAGCAAUUUUAAAUCUGAGCUACCAUGACCUUUCAGACGAGCUCCGAAACUGCUUCUUGUACUGCAGUCUCUUCCCUGAAGACUACCCCAUGUCAAGUGACAGCCUUGUGAGGCUGUGGGUUGCGGAAGGCUUUGUGCAGAGUAAGGGAAAGAACACGCCAGAGAUGGUAGCUGAGGGAAAUCUCAUGGAGCUGGUCCAUCGCAAUAUGCUUGAGGUGGUGGAGUAUGAUGAGCUUGGUAGGGUCAGCAUCUGUAAGAUGCAUGAUAUUAUGCGUGAACUAGCUAGUUCUGUUGCUAAAGAAGAGAGAUUUGCUUCAACAGAUGAUUACAACACAGUGAUGGAUAUUCGUCGUCUGUCAUCAUGUGAAUGGAAAGAGGACACUGCACUGAAAGCUAAACUUUCACAUCUUCGAACAGUAGUGUCAGUAAUUCCAUCCUCGCCUGACAUGCUAUCAUCAAUUUUAUCUGCAUCGAACUACCUUACUGUCCUUGAGCUGCAAGACUCUGAAAUAACUGAAGUGCCAAAAUCGAUUGGGUCUCAGUUCAAUCUGCGUUAUAUUGGGUUACGGCGCACCAAGGUCAAGGCACUUCCGGACACUAUUGAGCAUUUGUCUCGCCUCCACACCCUCGACAUCAAGCAAACCAAAAUAGAGAAGCUACCACGAGGGCUUUUCAAGAUCAAGAAGCUGCAACAUCUUUUCGCCGAUAGAUUUGUUGAUGAGAAGCAGGUAGAGUUUCGGUACUUUAAUGGAAUGCAAGCACCUAAAGAGCUGUCCAACUUGGAAGAACUGCAAACUCUUGAGACCGUGGAAUCCAGUAAUGACUUGGCCGAGCAGCUGAAGAAACUGAUGCAACUAAGAAGUUUGUGGAUUGAUAACAUUAGUGCCGCUGAGUGUGCAAAUCUGUUUGCUACCCUUUCAAAUAUGCCACAUCUUUCAAGCUUGCUUCUUUGUGCAAGGGAUGAGAAUGAGGAACUUUGCUUUGAGGCUCUCCAACCAAGGUCUACAGAUCUACACAAGUUGAUUAUCAGAGGGAAAUGGGCCAAGGGGACACUAAAUUGCCCGAUAUUUCUGAAGCAUGGGACACAUCUCAAGUAUCUAGCUCUAAGCGGGUGUCACCUUGUGGAAGAUCCACUGGAGAUGCUCGCCCGGCACAUGCCAAAGCUCACGUAUCUGAGACUUAACAACAUGCAUGGUGCAAGCACUCUGGCUCUUUCUGCAAAUUCCUUUCCAAACCUGAAGACACUUGUCUUAAAGUGCAUGCAUGAUGUCAGUGAGCUAAACAUCAGUGAGGGCGCUCUUCCAUGCGUUGAAGGUCUGUAUAUUAUCUCGCUGCCGAAGCUUGACAAGGUCCCUCAAGGCAUUGAAUCCCUUCGCGCCCUUAAGAAGCUCACACUGCAGUGCUUGCACAAGGAUUUCAUAAGUCAAUGGGACACCAAAGGAAUGCAUCAGAAGACCCUGCAUGUUCCAGAGGUUUAUGUCUAGAUGCAGCAGGUCGGUUCUUCCUGCGGUGUCGGUCUUGGAUGGUGCAUCUGUCAGUCACAGUUGUGCAGUACUUUUAAUCGUUCUAGUAAAUUUGUGAUUAUUGAUGUCGUCAGCAGGCAUUUGUCGGCACUUGUGUGUGUACCAUAUUUACUCCUCAAAAGUUUGGUUUCCAUUGCCUUCCAGAGGUCCCCGUCUGGUUUUAAGUCAUACUAUGUGCUAUUACUCAUUUCAUGUAAUGAUAUGUAUCAUUUCUGUCGAACACCUUCUGUGAAUAAUCAUGUCGAACAUUUCAUCUUAUA